CGCGGUCCGGCCAGCCAUGGCCGCCUCCGUGUUCUGCUGCUUCUCCUGUUGCAGGGAUGGCGGGGCUGGACACAUCCCGUUGAAGGAGAUGCCGGCGGUGCAUCUCGACACGCAGCGCAUGGGGACAGAUGUCGUCAUUGUUAAAAAUGGCAGAAGAAUAUGUGGCACAGGAGGCUGUUUAGCCAAUGCACCUUUGCAUCAGAACAAGAGCUAUUUUGAAUUUAAAAUCCAGUCCACAGGGAUUUGGGGUAUUGGAGUUGCAACACAGAAAGCAAACUUGAAUCAAAUUCCACUUGGUCGAGAUGUCCAUAGCCUGGUGAUGAGAAAUGAUGGAGCUCUCUACUAUAACAAUGAGGAGAAAAAUAGACUACCAGCAAACAGCCUUCCUCAGGAGGGUGACGUGGUGGGCAUUACAUAUGACCAUGUAGAGUUAAAUGUAUAUUUAAAUGGGAAGAAUAUGCAUUGUCCAGCUUCAGGGAUCCGAGGGACUGUCUAUCCAGUGGUCUACGUUGAUGACAGUGCCAUUCUGGAUUGUCAGUUCAGUGAUUUUUAUCAGACACCUCCACAAGGGUUUGAAAAGAUCCUCUUUGAGCAGCAGAUCUUCUGAAUGUCUUCAUACUGAAAAUUUGCACCCUGCACUGUUACAAAAGCUUUUGUCAUCCUGAAAUGAAGCUUCACUUUACUUUUAGGAAACAUAUCUGUGUUUUUUGUAAGUACUUGUGACUGUUGUCUUCAGAAUUAAUAUGUUAACCACGAUAUCAGGUAACUGUUGCGAAUACAAGAUUUCUGGCAAUGUUUUGUGGUUGAAAGUGAGUGUUUUGAGGCAGGAUUUUUCUCUGAAUCGUACUUGACACAUGAAGAGACUAAGGGGUGUUAUUGUCAUCAGUAUUACAUUCAGUAUUUUCAAUAAACUGGAGCUGUGUAAAGCAAAUAAUUCUUACGUGGAUGAGAACUAUGGAGGUGGAUAGUUCUCAUGAUUUUUGGUUUGUUUCUUUUUCCCCAAGUCUUUUCACACAGAAUUAUGGACUUUGUUUAAAGGAAGCACUGUGUUUCUAGUCUGUGAUUUGGAGUUGCAGCGUCCCAGUUGUGCACAAUGACUAAUAAUAUGAUGGUAUAACUAGCAGCUAGGCAGGGUUUUUGCACAGUAUAAUUUAAUCCAUUCCCUCAGUCUUAGACCAGCAAAUACAACUUACCUGUUUCUACUGGCUUUUAAUUUGCUUUUAUUGUGACAAAUAAUAGGACACGUUCUAAUAAUAUUUUUUGGUUGAACCUUACAAAUAAACCUGGACACUACCUAUGUUUUUGUGGACCACCAUGCGGGGUUACACUGGUAGGAAAGUAAGUACAGAUCACUCACCUUGGGUGUGCAAAGAGUCGGGCAAAGGGUAUGAGAUGUUACGGUGAAGCCUUACAUCUAUAAACUGUAAAUGAGAUUAUUCUUUUAUGGAAUAGUGUAUUUAAUUUCUUUGUGAAUCGUUUAUAAAUGAUUAAUGGUGAAGACAUUGUUGUAAAAUGUGAUGCCCUUGAAGACAAAUCGUGAGAUGCUUCUCUUCCCCUCUCUUGUCAUAUUUAAUAUACUUCCCAGAAGAACUUCUAUUGUAAAGGAAAUCUUCAUACUGGAUGUUUGGGUUUUGGCACUUCCUGGGUUAAUGCAUUUGCAUAAAUGAAUGAUUUUAUUUAAAUAUUUUUUAAAAUAUUUGAUUCUGAAAUUUUCAAAUACAGCUUUCUCAAAGCCUUUCACCUUA